GAGUACCUUGUCAUUAGAAGGUGAAGUGUCAAGUAGUCAGAUAGUCCAAUACAUUUAUCGUUUCUUAUUUAUACCCUUUCGUUGCUUCGUAGUUAGGCUUCUUAUUUACACACUAUGAAGUAUUUUUCGUGAUAUAUGUUGCAUGUUAUACAGCAUAUAUCUGGGUACAGCGAGCUGUUAAUGUUUGAAUAAGUUAUGGCUGGUCUCUCAAACUACGCUGUGCGCAUGGCGCGUCUCAGCGCGCGGAUAUUUGGAGACGUUGUGCGUCCAACUGAUACCAAGUCAAUGAAGGUAGUGCAGCUUUUCAAGGAACAGCCAAUGGCCCAAAGAAAAGAGGUAUAUGACUGGUAUCCGCAACACAGAAUCUACUAUGCUAUGACCCAGAAGUUGAGAUACAUGGGACUGUUCAGGGAUGAGCAUGAGGACUUCAAAGAGGAGAUGCGGCGACUCCGGAAGCUACGAGGAAAAGGGAAACCUAAAAAGGGAGAAGGCAAGAGGGCCACAAAGAAGAAAUAACAUGGACAUCCUUUACACUCUUCCUUGUGUAUAUCUAAUCAAUGGCUGAGAAAAUGCUCUAUAUAUGAAAUGCACAAGUUAUCGUCCAAGAAACUACCAGGCAGGACCUUUUCCCAAGGACAUGUGCAUUUUGUUCAUUGUAUCAGAUCAAUCUUAAAGGUGAUGAUACCUUGCUCCACUAGGGUAUUCCACCUAGUAGGAGUUUCCUGUUGGUUUUCAAAGUGUGUGAAUUUCAUUUAAUCUGACCAUACAGACUGUGAGCUCUCACCAUACUAUAGAUCUCCACAGUAUCUUUUACAUGUGUUAUAAAUGACUGGUGUUCAUAAAAGUACUAUGUGCAUUU